AUGCUCUCUACCAAAAUCAGCUCGUUGUUUAAUACUUUUAAGUCUGUUAUUCCGGGAUCAGUGUGUUCUUUGAGGGAAUCUGUCGCAUCUCUCCACACUUCUCCGUUAUUUUGUAGAAACAAUUUCUUACAGUUCAUUCAUGAUCGAAACGGACCUCCUAAAAGAAGAGCCCGUAGUAAAGAUAAAAGUCCGAUUUCUGGAUUCAAUCAUUUCAAAGGAAUUGUUCUGAAGACUGUCAUUCGCCAUCCUAAGAAACCUAAUUCUGGUAAUAGAAAAUGUGCUAUAGUAAGGUUAUCAAAUGGCAAUGAAGUGUGUGCAUAUAUUCCUGGAGUUGGACAUAACCUACAAGAGCAUUCACAGGUUCUAGUAAAGGGUGGUAGAAGAAGAGAUCUCAUUUCUGUCAAGGCUAACAUUGUGAGGGGGAAGUUCGAUUGUGCUCCUGCCGGAGGAAAGAAGUAA